CGAAGAGCUUAAGCUUUCGGUAGCACGACUCAAAUUACCAAAAGAACAUAGUCCUAGAAUUUAAAUAAACAAGGUGUAAAAUGUCCAACAAACUAAAAAAAUUCUUUGCUAAGCAAAAGCUGAAGCUUGGUGCAGCUGGCCCAGGACGUAAACUAAACUCCGAAGUUCCUCAACCUAGCUCAUCCCAAAAGCCUCAUUCAUCGUCUAGGGAUGUUUAUGUUCCACCUAAACGGAAGGAGCUGUCAGCAGAAGCCAAAGCUGCUGCCGAAGCUGCCUUAGCCCGUGUGCAGAAUACGGAUAAAAAAGAAUUCAAUACAUCUCUGGCGGCAAUAAAGGCGCAAGUUCGGCGUGAGCUAGAAAGUGAACGCAAGGUAAAAGAACAGCUCGAUCAAGAAACUCCUAGUGGAGACAACAUUCCGGAAAAUGAUAGAAAAGACCUGGCGGUGCAGGGAGUGUUCUUCCGAUGCCCUUUGAUAAGUGAAGAAAUUCUCCCGCGUAAAGAAUGGAAAGUAAAGAUUAAAGAGUUCCUGUACGAGCAGAUGGAGCACGAGAAAGGAUUGUCAGCAUGUUUAAUUAUAUACAACUGUAAUCCCAAAGAAAAAUUUGAACCAUGUGUAGAAACCCUUAUCAAAUGUUUAGAAAACAUUCACAACAAUCCGAAUGAAGAAAAAUACAAGAAAAUCAGGAUGAACAACAGAAUGUUUUGUGACAAAAUUAGAAUCUGCGAAGGAGCGUUGGAUUUACUGCAUGCAGCUGGUUUUGCCGAAAUAACCAUAGACGAUGAACCGUAUCUGAUUUGGUCGGAAGAAAAUAUGGAAGCUGAAACCACAAUGCUGAGUCUCAUAGAUGCACUUAAGUGUUCCGAGCCAUUUCAUCUGGAAUUAGAUCGAAACAUUCAAGUGCUUCUUUCAUCUCAGGUUCGCAGAUCGAACCUUCCGGCGGAUUUCUUUCGUAUAUCUCCGGAAGAAAUCAAACGCGAACAACAACUGCGCACGGAAGCCUUGGAGCAAGCGCAAAUACUUAAAACCAAAGCGAUGCGUGAAAAAGAAGAACUUCGUGUUAUAAAUCGUUACAAGUUUUCGUUGAUUAGGGUCCGCUUUCCCAAUGGGGUUUUCCUUCAAGGAACAUUCAACGUGUACGAGAAGCUUUCCCAGGUGUACGAGUUUGUCCAAUCAUGUUUAAUGCACGAAUCAUCGGAAUUUGCCCUGAUCUCGCCCACCGGACAACGAUUCACAGAUGCCGAUUUCGACAGAUCCCUCUACGAUCUGAAGUUGGUGCCAACGAUUGUAUUCAACUUCAACUACGAAAAUGAAUCCCAUCAACUGGUCGACUAUCUGAAGGAAGAACUUAUGCUGCUUAUCCAAUCUAUAUAGAAUGUGAUUUUUGUUUUUAUGCCUAAUUGUGUUUUUAGUAUCCAAAAUUAUGCGUCAAAAUU